UUUGACAGCAGCCAGCGACGAAAAAACGCACAUUCGGUGAAAAAAAUUGAGAAAACAUUUUAUUAAUUUAAACGAUUAAUCUUAGUGAAUUUCUGUGUUUGUGUAAAAUGUUAUAACUAGAUGGUAAUCGGAUUUGGCAUUGAUUGAGCUUACGGGAUAUGGAGGCUACAGUUUCGAAGGGGCGGGGAGGCGGGCUGGCGGCGGUCCUCGGCGUGGCCAACGUCGGGUCCCUGCUCGCUGCUCUCAACCUGGUCGCCGACCUGCACCCUUCAGAUAAGAUCACACCAAGACGAGGCUGCGUGCUGACACUCUUGGGCUUCGUGUAUUUCACGACGCUGUUCGAGCUACUAAACACACUUGCACUGUCCACCAGUCUACGACAAAAAUACCGGCUUAGUUGUGGAGAUGUCCUCGACGUUACCAACAAACUAGUGUCAGCGGUCCAAGCCGCGUUCUGCUGCAUCACGGGCGCCAUCGUGUGCCUGUGGUCGUGCACGCGCGACUUCGCGCGCACCUCGCACUUCGUCUCGGAGGCCUACGCGUGGUUCGGGGCCGCUUACUUCUUCUACGACAUCUGGUCCAUGUACUCGUGUAGUGUUGCAGCGACACGGCCCAUCCUGUGCCUGUGGUCGUUCACGCGCGACUUCGCGCGCACCUCGCACUUCGUGUCGGAGGCCUACGCGUGGUUCGGGGCCGCUUACUUCUUCUACGACAUCUGGUCCAUGUACUCGGUACACGUCCAAAUGACGAUUGGUGACGCCAAAGGCAAGCGGAAGACCAAGAACGGUUCACUGACCUCUGCGCCUGUCAAACAGGCGCCAUCUUUCUUCGCAUACUGCAAACAUGAGCCCGUGAUACUGAUGCAUCAUCUAUUCAUUGGUGGCUUUGGUUUCCUGACUAUUGUGUACUUCCGCGGCGGCCUCGGCGACUGCGUGUUCGGGUUCGUGUACCUCAUGGAGCUCUCCACGCCCUUCGUGUCCCUCCGCGGCAUCCUCUCAAGGCUCAAAAUGAAGUCCACCCGGGUCUACCUGCUGAACGGCAUAUUGAUGUUACUCACGUUCCUGUUCUGCCGAGUGCUCAGUCUGCCGUACGUCUGCCACAUGUACAGCAAGGCCGUGGGGAUGUCUUACUUACAGGUAACUUAUAAGAUGAAGUCCGCCCGGGUCUACCUGCUGAACGGCAUAUUGAUGUUACUCACGUUCCUGUUCUGCCGAGUGCUCAGUCUGCCGUACGUCUGCCACAUGUACAGCAAGGCCGUGGGGAUGUCUUACUUACAGGCCGUGCAAUCGCUACCAACCGGCUGCAAGGUCUCCAUACUGAUCCUGCUGCUGCCCCAGCUGUACUGGUUCUACCUGAUGUCGGCCGGCGCGCUCAAGGUGUUCCUCGCCAAGCCCGAGGAGAAGCGCAGUUUAGUGGUAUCCAAGAUGUUCUUCAAAACGGUCUUCUUAAUCGUGGGCGUAAGCCAGGUUCUGGCGCUGCCCACGGAGCCGGAGUACACCGAGGUGGACUUCAUCGAAAAUGUCCUCAAGGUCGAAGCCGGCUCCGAACUUGACGGUGAAACGUCAAUGUCUCGCAUCGUAUCAGGCUGGCAAGCGUACCCUGGCCAGCAUCCUCACCAGAUCUACCUCCGUAUGGUCAACGCAGCCGGUACCUUGAGCGCCUGUGGAGGCUCCGUGGUGCACAAGAACUGGUUCAUUACCGCUGCUCAUUGCACGGCACAACGAGUGCAACUCCUCGUCCGCGCCGGUCUCGUCCACAUCUUGCAGCCCCAAUACGACUCGGAGACGACAGAGUGGUACAACUUUCCCUCCUUCGUGGACGAGCUAGCGCACAUCGUCCAGCCUAAUGACAUUGCCAUCGCACACGUCGACCAGCCCUUCACUUUCAGCCAUCUGCUGCAGCCUAUCAAGUUGCAGUCAUCAGCUGACGCGUACAGGGACUACUCUAAUCAGCAAGUCAUCGCUAGCGGCUUUGGACGUGUCUGGACAGGAGGUGUCACCUCCGAGACCCUGAACUGGGUGUACCUGACCGGGGUAUCGAACGCGCUCUGCUUCGCCACCUUCGGCACCAUCAUCACCGACACCACCAUCUGCGCGAGGUUCUUCAAUGUCACCUCACAAUCUACUUGCUCGGGCGACAGCGGCGGCCCCCUAGUCCAUGUGAACGACGACGGAGUCCCAAUCCUUAUCGGAGUAGCGGCGUUCGUGGCUGGCGGAGACUCGGGCUGCCACGCCGGGCAUCCUGCAGGUUUCACUCGCGUCGGACCCUUCCACAGCUGGUUAACGGAGAAAACUGGCAUUGACUUCGAUAACCUAGAAGAAGAUACCGAAGCACCGACUGAGCCACCAACUGAAGCACCAACUGAGCCACCAACUGAGGCCCCAACUGAGCCACCAACUGAGGCCCCAACUGAGCCACCAACUGAGGCCCCAACUGAGCCACCAACUGAGGCCCCAACUGAGCCACCAGUGACUGAAUCCCCAGAUUCCAACGAGUCUGGAGAAGAUGAGUCAACGGAAGCACCAGAACCGGAAGAGGACAGUUCAGAGGAGAAGGAUUCAGAUGAAUCUGAUGAUGAUGACUGCGAGUUGUCUGAGUUAUUGAAGAAGUUGGAAGUCAAGGUCAACGUUAAAGUCAAGUUGAACAAGUAUGGCAGGAAAAACAAAGUUCACGGUAAAAAAAUAAAAUAAUGUAACAUUUAUUAAUACAAUUUUUAUAUUUCCACCAUGUACUGUUUGAGUAAUGGAGUGUACCAUUUUGUACAAAGUCUGCAAUUUGUAUAUUGUACAUUUAAAUAAAUAAUUCAGCAAAUUAAA